CUGGGCCUAAGGGAGGAGAGCUUCGCCGUGGGGACCCUCAGCAGGGUCGUGGCCGCCGAGCUGGCGAGCUACGCCCCGGCCAGGAACAGGAGGAAAACAGCCCUCCACAGGGCCUCGGUCGUCUUCGUGGACAGGACGCUGGACCUUGCAGGAGCAGUUGGUCAUCACGGUGACAACCUUGCAGAGAAGAUGCUUUCUGUGCUUCCCAAGCUCCCUGGCCACAAGACUGAUGUGAUGGUUAACAUGGUGGAACUCACUGCUCUGCAGACUCCAGAUGAAAUGUGCACUAUUAUAGCACCUGGCUGCUUAGCACAACCAAAUGAUCCAGCUGCCAAAGCUCUCUGGGAGUCCUUUAUGAACCUCAAACAAAAGGAAGCUGUGAUGGAGGCUAGGAGACACCUUGUGGAGGCUGCAAGCAGAGAAAAUUUACCUAUUAAGAUGAGCAUGGGUAGAGUCACCCCAGAACAGCUCAGCUCAUACGUCCAGCUUUUCAAAAAUAAUUUCAAAGCUCUGGAGAACCACUGUGGUCUUCUACAGCUUGUGCUGGCCACAGUCCAGACUUUGAAACACCCGCAGAAUCCCAAAUGGGACAACUUCUUAGCCUUUGAGAGACUACUUCUGCAGACUAUUGGAGAGUCAGAAAUGCCCAGUGUUUUGAAACAGUUAUUGCCAAUGAUCAAGUCUUACAAUGAGAGGACACAAGAUGAUUACACCUGUGAGGACUUCCUUAUUCUGCUGGUAUACAUGUAUUCUGUGGUUGGAGAAAUGAAAGGUGGAAAAGAGCUGGAUGAAGCUGAAGAAGAGGUGAAAAAGGCUCUAGUCAGGGCUAUUUGUGAUGAGCCAGAACCUUCUCCUUUGUUGCAGAAAAUAACAGGCUGUGAUUCAUCUCUGAACCUGGCGUUGCAGAAAGCCACAGAUGCAGUGGAUGAUAUCUUUGAGUCCCUCAGGGGUAUUGCGAGAGCUCGAAUGCACCUGAAACAGUUUAAUUCCAUCCAUAAUCCAGGCAGCAACACCCACCAGGCUUCUUACAAACCGCUGCUGAAACAGGUAGUGGAAGAGAUCUGUAAUCCUGAUCGACCUGAUCCUGUUGAUAUUGAGCAUAUGUCAUCAGGCCUCACUGAUCUCCUUAAAACUGGAUUCAGCAUGUUCAUGAAGGUGAAUCGCCCUCACCCUGGUGAUCAUCCUCUUCUGAUCAUCUAUGUGAUUGGAGGAGUGACAGUCUCCGAGGUCAAAAUGGUGAAGGACCUGGUAGCAGCACGUAAACCUGGUACUCAGGUACUUGUGCUCUCCUCAGCACUCCUGACACCACUGAGUGUUAUCGAGUUGUUGUUUGCUGCAGAGCAUCUCGAGCCUGACUCUGAUAUCUGACAUGGGAGGAUCUGUGGAGAAGAGAAGUGGCUGCCUUCCCUGGAAACAUCAAAUCCCUGGUCUGUCACCCUUUCCAGUAGUCCCCCCAAAAAUGACAUGUCCUCUGCUGCAGUUAUGGUUCCAACUGAAUCAUAAGCAGCUGGGUACCUGGCUGCAAGAAGGCGAGCACUUAAAAAUGGUCCUGUUGUCCAGUGGCCAGCUCUCCCUUCUUUAAAGAUAACGCAGCGUGGUCCCCAGUCACCUAGUAUACGCUGGCCUUCCCUUAGCCUCACUCAGUACAAGCAAGGACAGCUGCUUCUAAUAAUUCCCUGGAAAAGGGCAAAGUGAGGAAAAGUCCUGAAGAACCCCAGGCUGCUGAAUUUGCACUUCCUGAGCAGGCCUUUUCUCUGUGAGUAAUCCUGAUGGCUUCGCUGGGGUUGCUUCUGGUGAGAAAUGCUGCUGAGGGAGGAAGAGGCUAGCAAAAUCCACCUUCUUUGUCAUGUUACCUUGCAAAACAUGUGUGCCUUAUGGAGCCUUAGCAGCCUCUGCUCUUACUUUGUCCCUCACCCCAGAGAGGCCAGGGUACAACCCUGGUCUCAGCAGCAGAACAGCUCCCAGCUCAACUGCUGGAGCCAGAAUCAAGUGGUGAGUUACAUGGUUGCUUCUCUCUCAGAUUCCCAGUUCCUGCUCUAGUUUCUCCACCCACAGUCCCAGAAAAAAGACUGUUUCUAAUGGCACACUCCCUGUAGUUUUGCGCAGUAGGACAUAUGGGCUGUGAUGGUUUGAUGUUAACCCCAGAAAAAUGCUCCUCUCACAUGCAUUUAAAAAAGAAAAAAAAAAGAAGAAAAAAAAAGCAUAUUCCCACUUUGAAGAAGCCGUAAUGGCAGAUUCUUUCUUGAGCUACAUUCCUGAACAGCAUGAUUAGAGAACAGCUUUUGAUUUAUGAUCAUGAAAGAGCUGCUAUCAAACUCAGUUAUGUAAUUUUUCUUUAUAAAACUUUGAUAUAAUCUAGAAUAAAAAAAGCAUCAGCCAGUAGGGAUUGUGAUUGCAUAAAGCACCAAGACUUCAAAAUUACAGCAUAAAAUGGUGGAGCUAUAAAGCUGCAUCCUCCUGGUUCAUCCCAGGGAUGCUCAGACUACAGCUUACACUGAGAAUGUGAAUGUGAAAUUAGAUGUGAAGUUUGCUCUAUCAUAGCAUUCUUUAUUAUGCCAAAGGAAUAUAUUAAAGAGGAAGUAGCUUUUUAACCUUUGUUCAGUAGCUAGCUUAAGUUCUCUUAAAUGUUUAUAAUGGUCUUCAGAAAAGGCUGCAUUUUGAUUUAAACUCACUCUUGAGUGGCUAGAAGGGAACAAUGAACUGAUUAUAAAACAUGGACAAUGUUGCCUCUAUGGAAAAGAGAUUUGUAAGAAUCACUAUAGAAUGGAACUUUGUGCUAUUAAAAAAUGAGAAAUAUUAUGAGAUUGUAAUGUUAAAAGUUCAAGAAAUAUUUAACAGAGCAACUUGAAGGCAAAUAGCCUGUCCCUUUGGUUUCUUUUUUUUUUCCUUCUGAACUGUUUAUCUUAGCAUAUAGAUGUUUUGAAAAUUAUGUAAUCAAUAAAGCAAAGCUCCUAACUUUGAGCCAACCUCAGCCCUCUGCUCCUUCCCUCUGAUUACACAAGGCUGUGCAUGCCCAGACAGCACAUGCCUGUGACCCAGUUUUCUUUUGCACUGUUUGAUUGCCCAUAGGCACAUAAAGCUUCCGUCCUGGAGGGGUUUCCGUACUCUGCUGGCAGCAGAAAGGCUCUUCUCCAUCCAGUGGUCAUUGCUGGCCUCUGUCAACAGGCCCAAGGGCGCUCAGGUACUCCUGUCUCUAUCUGAGAUGCUUGCUUUCCUGAGAUGAUAGAGUGUGGGGGCUGUGGUCUCCUCUCCCCCACCCAGCUUUCAUCAAGUGCUCUCAGGUCUCUGACCUGGCCAUUUGAGGACAUUUUGUAGAGGAUAAUGAGAAGGGAAUUGAGUUUAAGACGACACUGGUGCUAUUGCACGUCUUACAGGUCAAGCAGUUCCCCUGCCUGAGGCAGUGGCUGGUUUUCCAGGCUCCCCUGCUGGAGGGAUCUUUUCAGCCAGUGGGUCACAGAUGUGGAGGUGGAUGCUGGGACUCCGCCACCAUCCUGUUCUCAGUAGUUAAAAGAGGGAGCACCAGACAGCUGCAAGAAAGCCUGCUCCUCUUCUAGAACAAGACUGGAAUUGAGUCUUUGCAGGGGCUCUCAUGUAAUAAGUAACUCCACCUUUGUAGGAAACAGCUGUACUAGCUACACAUAAAAUGUGCUGGGAAAACGCUAGGGCGAUGGGCGUUCUUCUGCCUUGGCAAAACCUUUCCCUUGUUCUUUGGGCUGCCGGAGGCACAUAAAGCUCCUGCCAGUCACAUGCAAGCAGGAGCAGUGCAGAAGAGACUUUGCUUGGGCAGGUGCCCUUCAAGGUGGGUGCAGGACCACAGCAAGGAGUGUCUGAGACCUCCAUAUGUGACCCUAAACUAAACUCAAAAGGAUGGGGAGGAGAAAACACAAGGCCAUUCUUAGCAAGGAGGCUUGCUACUAGAAUUAGCUAAGCAAUAUUUGGUGAGAAGUUCAGGCUGGAUGGGCAGGCUCAGUUUUGUUUAUAAGCCCUGUCCUAAAUCAGUUGGCCAGGCUGGGGUGGCAGGCUUAUGGUCAAAAGAUUAUCAGCAGCAGGAUCUUGUUAGUGUUUCCCCACACUGAUAAUUAUGGCUGUGUGCUAACCCAGUGAGACUGUGUGGCAGUCAGUCUAGUACAAGCACAACCGUCCUCCUCAGUGAGAGGAUGCAGUAGGAGCUCACAUUAAAGCUACUUUAUACACAAAUAAAACAGUUGCAGACUUGCAGUAAUUGGAUUGAAUUCUUCAUUGUGCCAUAUAACUUAAUGUGCAAAACUGUUCUACUGCCUUUUUUUAAGAAAGUGUAAGUAAGUCACUUAAAACUCAGUAUUCUGCCAGUUUCGAUCUUCCUUACAUCAUUCUUUUCUCAAUAGCCUUUUGAGAAGAGGACACAAAUAAUCUAGUUCUGUUUUGUAAGGUCUCUGCUUUUUUCAGUCCCUCUCCUGAAAGAAUUUUUUACAAGGACAUUGUAAAAGGGGUAUAAGAGUCCUCCCCACUGCAGAUCGUGCUAAUAAAAGAGUAUAGGCAGUAAAGGCCUUCUUAACUGUUUAUGCAAUGUAUGUUAACUACCUAGAGAAAACUUACUUUUGUCUUAGUGUUUCACUAGUUAUUACUAAUUGUUUCUCAUACACAUGAGGAACACACACACAGAAACAUGCAAUUCAAAAAAUUUAAUGUUGAAACAGGCAGUAAGAAUGAAAAGUCUGCUCCACAUGAGGAGUAACUGUACAUAAAAUAAAUAAGUUACAGUUUAAACAAAAGCACAACUGGCUUUUUAAAGUGCAUGUGUAUAAGGCCUUCUGCCUGUUGACUCCAUUGGCUCAAUGUAAAAAUACAUAAAUCUGCCAGAUGUGUUUAAGGAUGACCAGGGACUGGCUCAGCUCAAAACAACCAACCAGCUUCAUCACCUAGAGCCUGCAGUGUUUCACAUCAAAGCUGAAUUACAGCAGGGUUUUUUCUGGGCCUAUCAUACAUGGUAGAGUGAGAGCAGGAGAAGAGUCUCCCAUAGCAGCUGCUAUGUACAGCAGACUAUCACUCUAACUCCAGGCUCGUUCCUCAAGAGCUCAGUGUUGGAUCAUUUAGUCCAGACAGUAUUUUUUCAGACAGUAAAAAACUCAAGUCACUUGUAGUUAGGUAUGUUUACACCCUGUGCACAAUAGUUUUGCAUACAAAGAAUCUGUUCAAAUUGUCAGCAAUAGCAUAGCUAGUAAAAAAAAAAAAAA